UUCCGUGCCCACGCACACGGCUGAACUGAAGCGGAGAAAGCGCCAGCCAGCGGCAGUUUCCUCAGUCUGCUGCGGUGCGGUGUGUGUACCUGAGCCACACAAGCGGCCAGCGCCGCCCAGCGUGAAGAGAUAACGCACCGGCACCGCAGCGCAGAGCGCAGAGAGAGAAGAACAACCUUGACAACCGCAAUACCCAAUUACCAAUGGCACCAUUGUUGACCUCGGUUCACUGCAGCAGCAGCUACCCUCACCCGUCGCCACGACGCAUCACGCCUUCUCCGGUCUCCGCAACAACACCGCCGGUGCUCAGGCGGACGAGGACGAGGACGAGGAGGCAGCUGCAGCGAUGCUUCUGCUCCCAGUACGCCGGCAAACGGCAGCCGCCGCCGGAGCCGGACUCGCCGCAGCAGAUGGAGCGCCUCUUCUCCAACCUCAACAAGGCCACCAUGAAGCACGAGCCUGGGAGCGUCACCAGUGCCAUCUUCCUCGUGGCUGGCACAACGGUUGGGGCAGGUAUCCUUGCAAUCCCUGCAGUCACUCAAGAAGCUGGGUUCUUGGCCUCGGCAGUUAUAUGCAUUCUCUGCUGGUUAUACAUGGUUGUGACAGGGCUGUUAGUUGCUGAAGUAAACGUCAACACGAUGUGUGAGCUAGGAUCUGGAGGUGUCUCCCUGGUCUCGAUGGCUAUGCGCACUCUAGGGACAUUUGGAGUAAGAACAGCUUGCUUAUCCUAUUUGUUUAUACAUUAUGCACUUCUUGUCGCAUACGUGGCACGCUCUUCAGAUAUCAUAACAAACUCAUUGGGUAUUCCAUUAUGGGAGAGUGCUACCCUGUUUUCUCUGGCUUUCGGAGGGGUUUGUUACUUUGGAAGCCAGCGACUGAUUGGUGCAGUAAAUGGAUUUCUGGUAGCCGGCAUCCUAGCGUCCUUCACUUCUCUUGUUGUUGUGGCAAGUGGAAACCUACACUGGAGUUCUCUUCUUGAAGCGAAUUUUGCUGCCGCUCCACAAAGUAUACCAAUAAUUGCUCUUUCAUUUGUAUACCAGAAUGUGGUUCCUGUUCUCUGUACAAAUUUGGAGGGAGACCUGUCAAAAGUACGAACAGCUAUCGUGGCGGGUACUGCCAUACCCCUGGCUCUGUUCCUAGUAUGGGAUGGAGUAAUCCUGGGGACACUUCCAGACCUUGCAGGGAGCAGCACUGUUUCUGAUCCCUUAGAAGUACUUAGAUCCAGUAAUGGGAUAGUGGGGCCUAUUGUUGAGGCAUUCUCAUUUCUUGCUAUAGGCACAUCAUACAUUGGAUUUAUUCUAGGACUCUCAGACUUCCUAGCAGACUUGCUUAAACUACCAAGUGGCCAGAACAAACCGCUGCCAUACAUAUUAACUCUGCUUCCUCCACUUGUUUUGUCACUGCUUGAUCCAGAGAUAUUUUUCAAGGCAUUGGACUUUGCAGGAACUUAUGGAGUUCUGGUACUCUUUGGAGUUUUUCCUGCGGCAAUGUCUUGGUCAGAGAGAUAUUCAGAUGAGUUGGAAGCUCCAGUACCCCCUAUAGUCCCAGGAGGGAAAUUUACUCUCUCGGUUGUUACGGGAGGUGCACUGCUUGUGAUUGUUUCAGAGAUAUUCAAGGAUAUAAUGCAACUACAAGGACUACACUGACAAUCGGUGCAAGUGAAAGGACAUAUAACAGUUACAACUUGCAGUAAGACGGUGCGUGAGGUUUUUGUCGCAGUAAUACGGUCCACGGUCAUGUAGCAAAAGCGUAGUCAGAACCCAAAAGCAAUCAAGUGCAGUACGUGCUUGCAGUUUCAUCGAGCAUCGAUGCUGGAAUUGAAUUGUUAUGAUGAGAUUAGCAGGAGAUACUGUCAAACACGAGUUGUAUAAUGUAUUCGUUAGUCUCUCUAUAUAUCAUUAACUAUAGAGUGAAGACCAUUUAACAUAUUUAUUUCCUUGGUUUACAAAGGAUUUGGUUUGAUCGAUGUGUAUGUAACAAUGUAAUUUCUUCAUGAUUCUUCUCACCAUUCCUUGGACCUACCAUCAA